AUGAGACAGUUCACGUUGGGGGUGCGGGGAGGAGGUGCCUACCUGAGCGAGAAGUGGUUUAGCCGCUGCCUGCACUUCUGCCUGGGCCGCUGGUUCCGGCCGCUGCAUUGGUGGGAGGAGAUGUGCGCCACAGGGCAGGCUUCCUCCGUGCCCUGGCAAGGGUGGGGCGCUGGAGCGCAGACGCACCAGGGCGCAGGGGCGGUCGGAGAUGGCGCACCUGGCCGCGCGGGCUACCGCUGCGUGGCGCCCGACCUCCGCGGCUACGGCGGCACCGCCGCGCCGCCCGACGUCGCGUCCUACUCCGCCUUCCACGUCGUCGGCGACGUCGUCGCGCUGCUCGACGCGCUCGGCAUCCAAAAGGUGUUCGUGGUGGGUCACGACUGGGGCGCCAUCAUCGCGUGGUACCUGUGCGUGUUCCGGCCGGACCGGGUGACGGCGCUCGUCAACACCAGCGUCGCAUUCAUGCGCCACGUCUUCAUCCGCGCCGGCGCCGCCGCCGUCAAGCCCACCGACUUCUUCCACGGCAACUACGGGCCCACCUACUACAUCUGCCGCUUCCAGCCUCAGAUUACGUAA